GAGAAAAAAUGCAAGAUCUUCGAGUAGAAGCAUACACUACAAGCGGCAAAAUCCACGCUCACGUGACCUGUCCUAUUUGCGAUGACAGUCGGCAAUCUAAAAUUUCCCUCAACAUGGACACAACAGGCAGUUGGCAUAUUUUCGCUUUCAAACGGCACUGUAAAACAUUUCACAUCCAGACACCGCACUCAUCUAAACAGAAACGUCGUAGUGUCACACCAGUUGCUACUGACGAUGCUAACGAGAACAAUUGUCCAAUAAAACGACCUUCCCUGGAAUCGACUGGUAUCGGAACUGCAUGUGGUAUAUUAAAGCGUUUAAAUGAAGUGGUGCACACAAACUUCUAAGCCAAUUGAAUGUUUCAGACUUUGAACUUACGACGUCUAGUAUGGAUCCACCUCAUCUGGAUACAGCUGGUACGGAAAUAGAUCCGCUGCACCUCGAUGAAGCAGAAACCGACAUUGGACCUGCAGAAUACCUUGACGACACCGUAAGCUCAAGUACAGGCGAUAUACAGGCCGAAAAACAUCACGAGUAUAGUGUUUCUGAUACCAAGGGCAAAUAUUUUGAUGAAACCGUGUUUGACUCCCAAGAUGAUUACCAUGGUGAUGCUAUGGAGGAACACGAGAACGAUAACUGGGAUCGAAACACUAAGGAGCACGGAUACGCAAAAGAACACGAGAGCAAAGAUGUUAAGGAGAGCUCAAAAGACCACGAAAUCGUAGAAGAACAAGUGGAACAAAAACAUGAAGGUCAUUCAACCACUACAAGUAAUAACAUAAUUUAAAUAAACUAAAUAAAUCCAGUGCCGUCCAUACUAGGUGGAUAAUUUAUAGAGGGAGAGGAUUUUGGAAAAGUCCAUGCUUAUCCAAGGGAAGGGGAGAAGCUGUUCAAAAUUCAAGAUUGGUCUGUCCACGUGGCAUAUGAACGGUCUCUAAUAACAAGAGUCGUACAGUGUGUAUUCUUAAAUAAAAAUCUAUUAACAUAAUCUUCAGGAUACCCGGAAAAUUAUACUGGAAGCCAAUUCAUUGAACAUGUCAGAAGAAAAAGUUCAAGCCCUCUUCUUGACUUACAUGUUCAGAUGGAUUCGAGAUCAAAAUUAUGUAAGCCGAAUGGAAUACGGUACACGGAACCUGAGCUAGAUGCAGCUGCAUACGAAUUGAUGGCGGGUGGCAAUAGCAACUAUCAAUUUAUAAAGGCAAAUAUGCAGCUGCCUAGCUCAAAAACAUUGAAGCGACAUAUCGCAAAGCAUACUACAGAGACUCAGGAAGGAAUCCUAAUGGUGACACCUCUACUGAAGUAUUUGAACGCGCACAAUUAUCCUCUAGUAGUUGCCUUAAGCGAAGAUGGAACAACGCUUUCGCCCAACCCAGAAUACGAUUCAAGAAAUGACUCAAUUCGUGGCCUGGUGGCUCCGUUGAACCAUUCCGGUAUGCCUGAACAGAAUACAUUUAAUGCCAGCACGGUUGAGAAAAUGAUUAAUGACCUUGAGCGCUAUUCUGUCGGUGAAUACCUUUAUAUUGUAAUGGCAACACCAAUGGCCGUUGGAGCAUCACCAUUCUGCAUUUUAUAUAUGUGCAGUGAUAACAAGUUCACACAUGACCAAGUCAUUUCACGUUGGAAUCAUAUAGAAUCCGAGCUACUAAAAGCUGGAAUAACUGUCAUUGCUAACGCGUCCGAUGGUGAUCCGCGGCUUCUCAUGGCUAUGAGACAAAGAUCAACUCUUCAUACACUUCACGUGGGAUCGGAAUCGCAAUAUGGUCCCCAUUUUGCUAUGAAUAACGAUUUCAAAGCUAUUUCCAUUCAGGACAGUAUUCACUUAGUUAAUAAAUUUCGACAUUCUUUGCUAGAUCCAAAAAAGCAAAUGCGCUUAGGAGACUACGUAAUUUCAUCAGCUGUUCUCAAACAAAUGAUGGAAAAUGGUCAAAAAUUGAUUCACAAAUUAAACCCUUCAGAUUUGAACGCGGCGGACCGAAUGAAAUUUGACCCAUCACUGAAACUGAUGUCUUUGGAUCUUAUAGACCAUCUUAUCGAUGUGGUACCUGGCAGCAUUGGAACUGCUACUUAUAUACAAAUAAUGCGUCAUGCAUAUUUGGCUUUCAACGAUGAGCAUAUGUGUCCUACUGAACGAAUAACUUCGAUAUGGACUGCUUUGUUAUUUGUAAGGGCAUGGCGCCAAAUUUGCAUAAGCAAUAGAAAAACACUGAAGGACUGCCCAACAUCAAACGUGUAUCAUUGUUUGGAGUUAAACGCACAUGGCUUGGUAAAAUUCAUUGUCAGGUGCCGACAAGCCGAUAGCACAGAGCAAUUCAUAAUUACUCACUUAUCUAGUCAGCCAUGUGAAACAACAUUUCGGGAGCUUCGUUCGAUGACGACUGUCAACCAUACGGCAGUCAAUUUCACAAUGAAGGAAGUUGAGCAAAGAAUGCAGAAGGUGCAAAUGAAGUUGCUGAUUGUGCAUCGAAGAAAAGCAGACCUAAACUUUCCUUGUCUGCAAAAACAGCAGCUAAAAUGCCAAAAAACAACCAAUCACGAUCUUCCUAACGACGAUCAAAUCCGUCUGGCCAUCGACACAGCUGCGAAAGAUACGGAACAUUUAUUAACCUGUCUAGGAGUUGAAAAUCAUGAAAUUGAUUUCAGGGAGAGUAUGACCAGAAAUUCCAAAACAGAAACCGAAUUUGAGUUUGUCUCGAUUGAGAGCUCCGAGGUCGCCAACGAUUCAAUUGAUUCAGCAUGCAAAGAUGCAUGCGAACUAAACGAAUAUCAAAUUACAGAUGGAAUUAGCAGUGAAGCGGAAGUUGAAAGUUCCUCGUUGAAUGAAAAUUCAAUGAAACAUAUAAUUGAGGAUGCAGAGAAAAUCUUUUCCAAUGCAGGUGGAGAGCUACUUCUACGCCAAUGUUCAUCCGAGAAUAAUCGAAACGUUUUCUACGUAAAAGGGAUAAACGGUAAAGUUAUAAGUAUUAAAAAAUCCACAAUGCUAUGGAUGCUUUCAUCGGGGCGUUUUAAAAGAUCCAACGACCGCUUGAGACGGUUCCAUCAAAUAAGAAUGCUUGCACCAAAAGAUUCAUCUAACCAAAACUGCAUUAAACAUGAGAUCAGUACCGGAGAUUGGAUUGCAUUACAAGGACACAUGGUUUGCCAUGUAACAAACUUCCAAUACCAAACAGGUAAAUUGAAAACUUGUCCACUCACCACUAUACCUAGAGAGUGUCCAGCGAAUGUAGAGAAAAGAGGUAUUUUUCUUCUGGGAAACUUCUACACUGUGUCUUCGGUUGGAUGCUUAAGUCUCAACAAUAAGAAACAUCAAAAAUCGGAUAUCGACCACUACGUUACACACAUCAAAGCACCGAACAGCAAGCUUUCUUUGUCAAGUGACACAUUGUCUCAUCUACAAACAUAUAAACUGGUUUAAAAAAA